CCAAGACUCUGGGUGGGUGGAGUCAAAGCUUUCUCUCCUGGAUGGGGCAUUCUCCAGGCAGCCUUGGCGUUGCUAGGGCAACUUCCGCACUGAAACAGGAAUGAUUUCAUUAAUGCUCUGACUUCACCGAAAAAGGAUUGUUUGGGUUCUAUUUAAUUAGAAAUUGGGGGCGGGUGACGUGACAGAGAAUUGGAACUUUCUAGCCAAGGCAAGUCUCAACUUCCAAGAAAGUGUGAAGCCAGAAGCCAGAACAUUGCUGUUUGGAGCAGCAGUACUGCGUUCAGAAAAACACCAAAUAGAAGCCAUGAACUUGGACGGUGCGUGUAAACUCCCCUCCUCGGAAAGGGUACGGCUGCUGGAGGAGGAGCUGGCAGAAAAGCUGAGCGAGCUGAAGGCUGAGCUGGAAGCACAGGAGCUCCUUCCCAGAUCAGCCAGCUGCGUCUUCAGCUCCGUUCAAAUACCAAAGGACGUCGCUCACUUUAGGCGCGAGCGGGAAGCGGCUCUGAAAAGAACUCUCCGGGUGGCCGAGUCCAAGCCCCUUGUUAUUCAGGCAGAUGUCCUGCAGAGGGAGCUAGAGAGCUGCCUACGGAGAGAGUACACGCCGGACAAUCUUCCUCUGCUUCUGCUGCAGUAUUACACAGAGAGAAUUACCCAGCUGGCCCAGAGUAAAUAUGAGCAUAUGUUGAGGUGGAAGCGGCUUUGCCAGACCAGUAAGACCAUGGAAGAACUCUACCCUCUUUACAAGAAACAGGUUGGCUACAUCAUGCAGGAGUUCAACGAUGCAGUUCAGAGAGCAGAAAGAUUGUCAGUUGCUAGAGAAAACUUCCUUAUGGGAAAAAACAACCCUGCCAACCUCAUGACUCCGGACGACCUGGCGAUUUACACCAGGUGGUUUGUGUGCCACCUGCACUCUCUGAGGACCAUCCACCACUUCCUGCAGGCCCUCCAGUAUUUGCCCAUCUCCAAGAUGCAGCAUCUAGCUGAUAAGCAGGUCUCUGAACUCAGCAAGGAAAAAGAAACUGCCUGUGUCACCGACCUUAACUCUGCAUCUCCUGGUCCUGUGGAUGCCAGUGUUUCCGGGCCAGAAAGAACAGGUGCUGCGUUUGUCCUGCCUCAGCAUGUGACAGACAAGGAAGAGCUAAAACCUCAGCUGAGCCACCUCCUCUUGCAUUUCAAUCUCCCAUACGACUUGCAAAAGCUGAAGGACUCAGCCAAAGAGAUGGAACUUUUUUCCUUGGUUUCUCAGAACUUCCAAAGCAUCUUCACCAAGCAACAAAGGAUGUGGACAUUCCUAGACUACCAGGCCGAGAGAGCUAAAGUGCAGACUAUGACUUUGUCAGGACCUGCUACCACCCUGAAGAAGAGAGCCACUUGGAUGCCCUUCGUGAAGGUCAAGCCGAAAUGUGAUCCUUGGCAGAAGAAGAUGUUGACCAGACUCAGGGAACGGAAGAGAAUAGAUGAGCUAAUGCGACUCCAGUCAGAGUUUUUGAAGAUGUCCGACCCUGUGCAAGUCAUGCAAGCGCUCCAAGAUCAUGCUGCAAAGACAGUGACUAUGGCUCCGCAUCAGCCAUCUUUCACAACUUCUCUGGCUCUGCAUCCGUGCAACAGCGACCAAGUCUGGCACAAUAUUUAUAGCAACCCCAGGCUCUACCAGAGUGAAAACGCGAAGGACAACAGGCUUUCAGUGGACCCGAGCAACGACGACCUCGCAAGACCACAUCUCAGCCGAAGCUCUCACUGGUCCCUCCCGCAGAAAUCAGAGACAGGAUACAACUAUGUCGUGGCCCUACAGCUGCUGGGUUUGAGCGAUGGGACGGAGCCUGACUGUAACCCUGUCCUCAUGAAAGGGGCCUACUUAUCCUUCCUGUGCCUGCGCCACCUGCACAUCCGGGAGCUACAGCGCACCUGCUUGGGAGUUCUAAAUUUCUUCAGAUCGGUGGAGCGAACUUUGACAAUCAACACUUCAGGCCUUACCUUGGUUUCAGGGAACCUGGUCCCCACCAUGGGAGAUAAUACUUGGGUAAAUACGGCAAAAGGAGGCUUGGGCACCCUGCAAGGUCUAGGAAGUCACCACUAUGUCCACAGGACACCCGCUGAGCACAAGGUCCACAGCAUCCAAUUCUUGGAGUUCUCGGAAGUCGAGAACCAGGAUGACUUCUACAGCACAGACGCUGGCUGUGUCCACACUCAGGACCAGUUCGGUGUGUGUGUUAUGUACGACGCUGCCCUGAGGGAUUUGAAGGAACUGGAGUCAGAGCUGCUGCUCCUUGCCAGCCAUUACAUUGAGAAGGAGAAAAGCCACAGGGAGGAUAGCCAAUCAGAGAGCAGCCAGCGCCGGGGCUGGGCCCAUGCCAGCGUGGACAGAUUCGCAGUGCUGUGUGACCUGUGGGGCUGCGAGGCAGAUCUUCUAGAGAGCAAACGCCAGCUUCUUGAUCUUUACUUUGAAGCCUACCAGCACACGCUGGACCCCGAAGAGCGGUUCAGUUUAGCAGAAGCCAUGACUGACAUCGUGCACCGACGCCCCAAGUUUGAUCUCAGACACUCAUAUUUCACAAAGGCCUACCAAGAUGACUGCACCUGCCUGAAGCUUCACCUGCAGCUAGUGAGGGCCAUCCGCAGCUGCCACCUAGAGAAGCAGCGGGAAUAUGUCCAGAGGCUCUGGCGAGGGGACCAUGCUGAGGCUCAAAAGACAUUUGGACUUCCCCUGAACAUAAUUUGCAAGCAAAUUGUUUCCGUCAACAGCGGCUGCCCAGCAUCAGAAAACAUCCAUCAGUUGGAGUUCCACCCUUCCCUUGGCCUGGUUGGCCUCAUCCCCAAAACUCUGGAGCACCUGCUACGUGAGACUCGCCACACCCACAAACCUGCGUCACCCAGCAGGCUUGCCCAGCUGGAGAUACGCGUCCUGCAGCUUGCCCUGGACCUGUGGCUCACCCCAGCCAAGCCCGAGGCCUGGUACAGCGCACAACUCCAAAGAGAUCUCUUUUCAGAGAAAGUGAUGGGUGAUCCCUUUCUUGUGGAGGAGGUGGGCCUGCUUGCCCUCAGGUCUGCGGUGGACAAAGGACAGGAGCAAGGCCAAGAUUUCCACACACUGCUUCUGGAGACAUUUUCCAAACUCCUGGAACUCCUGACCCUCCGUCACCGGCUGCUGGAAGCGAAUGUGGCAAGUGCAUACUUGGCUAGGCUGUAUAAGGAAUUGGCCCAGGAGAUGGGUUUUGAAGAAUCCCAUUUGUAUCUGAGGCCUGUUCACUUUGAGUUUGCAUCGCACAAGGACAAGGUGGAGCCACCCCCUCCCGUCUUUGUAACUUCCCUGCUGGAAGACAACAGUCGAGUAGAUAGGUACACCCCCACUGCCCUCACCUUAGCCAUCUCUGAGCUGGAUGAUAACGAAAUCGGCAAAUUCAGCUUUUAUACAAAGGAAUCCAUCCAAAAGCUCUUGUUGCAUUCCGGAGUGGAAAAUAUGCAAGUGACCCUCGCAUGCCAAACUGCUCAUAAAAAUGCUUUGAUGGUGGCCGUUCAGCAGGCAUCUUUCUAUCACACCCCUGGAGUGGACAGCUCUGCUGAUAUGAAGGAAGCAAGCUCAGACCUGAGACGUCAUGGUGCAAUGAGUCCGGCCAGAAGAAGAGAUUCCAGAACUGUGGAUGGCACAGAGCGUUUGCCGUUAGCCCCAACUCCAAAAGUCACAGACACCCUUAUUCAUCCUUCGGAAGGAUUUAAGACCCCUAAAAGAGCUCCGGAGGCCUUCGUGUCUAUUCAACUAGAAAAGGCGGGUUUGCGGGACAUGAUGCUGAACAGCUUCCUGCACUGGAAGCAGAAGACGGCUGACAGGACGAAGAGCCCCGAUGACAUUGAAAAAGUCAAGAGGGAACUAAUAGUUGAAUAUUGCCAAAAGUUGACUCACCGCAUGUCUCGCUAUGCCCUUCGGGGUCAGAUCAUGGCGUACUGCAGUAGCCUGAGAGCUCUGCUAGAUGACUUUCCUACCAUCAGGGACACCUUCUUCAUGGUGGGACAACCAAAUGAGAAGAGGGCCUUGAAGGACUCCAGUGGGGAAUUCAAGGCUGACCCCAGGAGUUUUCAGCCUCGGCCUCGAAGUUUGCUAUCAGCUGAUGGAAGACUCUUCAUCAACUUAUGGUUUAUCCCCCAUCCUUCCGAAGUGCUGUAUAUGUUCAAAACUCUGCCAGAGGAGGAAGCUUCUAGAGCCCUAAAGCUCACUCUCCAACUCCUAGCUCCUCUCCACGACAUCGUGGCCUACCUUUUCAGUUUUGCCAAGCUUGGCAAUUGCCCAGCACGCUUCGACUUUCCUCUAAGUCCCAACCCUUUGAGGAGUGACUGGGGAGGAGCUGAGGGCAUUGGAGCUGAGCUUCAAGAGCUGCAGAAAAUGAUUGACAGGCUCCGGAGGCCCCAGGACCCGAGCCAGGUGGCCCAGGCCCUCCUCCUCCGCAGAGAGGUGACGUUGCUGCAGUUCGACGCGGCAGUGAGACAUCUCCUCCGAACAUUUUUGGCAGCUGGAAAUGCUACCGCCUACCAGUCUGUCACAGAUGGUGUGUCCCAUGGUUUAUCACCACUGAGUGACUCUCUCAGGAAGAGCAUCUUCUCUUCACAGCUCAGCCUGCCCCAGCCACUGGAUCCCCGGAGCCUCCAGGCAUUUGUGCUGUUCCCGUGGAGGGCGUUUCUGGAAGAUGGUGGGCCAUUUCCAGUGAUGGGCAGCAUGCCGAACACCUUAGAGUGUGAUAUGCAGAUGUGUCUCUGCGGGCUGAGUGACCGAGACCGCAGAGUGGCCCACGGAGAGCUGGUCGGUGUGCAGAUGCUCCUGGGAGAUGUACUUCAGAGCAGCUGUCACGUGAUCAGGAAGGGCUGUCCUGAACAGCAAGCCACACUGGACGAUGCACAGCCAGAUUGGUCCAAACCGCCAGAGCCCCGCCCAAACCCGAAGGCCUCUUUGGUGCUGGAAGGCCCAUGUGAUGCAGUGAUGUCGUCCCUUGCUCUGUUGAAGUCCUUCCUCGUCCUGUGGAAGCAGCUGGAAGUGCUAAAGGAACACUGGGGCCGACUCAAGCUUGGAGCCCAGGACCUCAACUCUGCCCAACUCCACAAACAGUUCUCAGAGCUCUAUGAAGCUGACAUUUUGUACCCCAGCAUGAAAGCUUUAGCCAGGCAGAUGGGCAAAGAAGAAGAAUUUGAAGGACUUAUAAUAAGAAGCCAAGCUAUCCUUCCCCCAAAGGGAGCCUCGGAAAUUGAGAUAAAAACCCAACAGCUUCAGAAACUUCUGGAAAAUUUAGAAAUUCAUAUGAUCCAAGAAGUAUUGAGAAAAGUUAACCAAGAGAUGACACUACUUCUAUCCGAAAAGUCCAAGGAGGAGUCGACUCUCCCAACAGAUCUUUGGAAACACCAAGUCAUGAAAGAAAACUUUUCAGUUGUGAGACCCCAGGUAGUUGAGAAAUUUGUACAGAGACUAAUGGAGAAGUCCCACGAUGACGGAGCUGAGAUCACUUUCAGGAGGGAGCACCUUGAGGCCUGCCUCCUCUCCUUGGGCCGCGAUGUGAUGGGAAGAGAACGCAGCAACUUCGAGACCUACUCCAUGUGUUACGAGCACGUGCUGCAACAUGCCAGGCAGAAGCUGGCCCAGGGGGAGCAGGAAGCCGACUUGCUUCGAAGAGGUCAAGUUCCUCUCGAAGACUGUGCUGGCCAGAUUGCGGAGCUCAGCCAUGACAUGAUCAUGGAAAUCACUGCUCUGAGAGCCCAGCUCACAGACCUGGAAGAGGAGAACCUGACUCUGAAAAACCAGAUUAGGAAAGAAGUCCAGGAAGAAUACGGGGCUUUAGUGCAGGCAUUGUUUAUGACUUGCUUACGCAUAAAGGAGAAGCUGCAUGAGAACCAGUUUCGUCUGGUCCAGAAAGUGUGUGACCUGAUCGGUGAGGUUCGAGCCGAAGGGACUGCCACGGUGAAGCAGCUGAAGAAAACCUGGGGCUCUGCCAGACCCGAGGAAGGAGCGAAGGAGAACACAGCCAAGGAGCAGCUGGGCACCCCGGAGCAGGACCACAGCAGCACCCUGGCCGCUCUAGUGUGCAAAGCACAGAGCUUAGGCCGCUGGCGGCUGGCAGUGCAGCAGGCACACUUCAGACGUCAGCUGAGCAGAGCAGAGAAGGAAUCAGUUCACAGUCAAAAGGAAUGCUUGAGGGUCAAGCUAAUGGCGGAACAAGAGGUGGAGUUACUCCAUCAACAGCUGCUGGCUGCGAGGCAGGCCCUGGCCAAAGCUCAGGCGGACAACAGGAAGCUGUGGUGGCAGCAGGGUACCCAGGCUCAACGGCUGAGGGAGUUGGAACACAGAGUGACUCAAGACUCUGUCACUCGGCAGCAGCUGGAUACCAUAAAAACAUCUGGCAUGGAGAAGCUCCUAGAAGACGUGGAACAAAAAGAGCAACAACUGCAGCUACUAACAGAAGAGGCCGAGCGGGCUUCAAAGCUAGGCCAGCUGCAGCAGCAGCAGCUGAACAGAGACCUGAAGCGGAUGAGGAGCCGGCUUGCUCAGGAGCGCAGUGUGAAGCAGGAAGCCUUUCUGCGCCUGCGGGACCUGCAGAGUCAGCUUCUGGCCGCGGAGCAGCCAUCUAUCCGGAAGGGCUCCCCAGACCGGCUUAUAUCCCAGACCCGCUGCUCCCUAAACUCUGCUUCAACAUUAUCCAGAUACUCUCACCAACAUUGUUCAAAGACUAAUGUUAUGGGCAGCAAAAUGACAAGAAGAAUUCAAAGACCAAAGACUGUGCCGACUAAGUACAACAAAAGGACCAAUGAUACUUCUCUACCCAGUGUGGCAGAAAAUGCUCAACUUACGACGUUUCAAGCCCAAACAGCUCCAUCCAGAAUUUCAUUCAGACCUGAAAGGUAAUCUUGGGGGUGUCUAUUUUAUGUCUGUGUCCAUUUAGAUGGACAAAGAUGACUCCAGCUCCA